AUGAUGAAUACUCUGAAAACUUAUUUUCUCAAUCUUAAUUUCUUUCAAUCAUCUAAUCCUUAUAAUCAACCAGAUGACCAUGAACAUCGUUCAAACAUUAUCGCUACUCGUGUUUAUAUUAUUAUUUAUGGUAUAACUCUUUCUACUCUUAUUCUUUCUUUAUGGUUAAGUGCAAAUAUAAGUCAAGUUACUCUUGAAUAUCCAACUCAAAAUCAAUUUCAAACAUUACCUCUUGAUGCACAAUGUCCAUGUUCUCGAAUCUCUUUAUCUUAUGGUCAAUUCGUAUCCAUUCAAACAAGGUUUCAUCAAGUUUGUUCAAGUGAUUUUAUUUCUGAUCGAUGGAUUAAAGCCAUAUUUUAUGAUUCUGAUGCAACAUAUCUUUAUCGAGCAGACUUUCGAACCAUUGGUAGUGCUCAGUUUCGUGCUCUGUCAAGUCUUUGUGAUUUAACAAAAACAAGUAUUAGUCGAAGUCUUGCGUCUUUUAAUAUGAAAUCAAUAAUCAGUCCAUAUGUUUUAUCUCAAUCAGUUAUUCAAUCAGAAGUACAAACUUCUAUUGAACAAUUUCGAUUGACAACAUCUAAUACAUUUGUAAAACAAUUAGAAUUUGUUCAAAAAAUGAUUAUUGGUAAUCAACUUCUUUCAGCGUUACAAACAAAUAUUGCUCCUUUGUAUGUUCAAAUUUUUAAUGGAUCUCUGCAAUUAGGAUAUUAUAUGGUUUAUAAUAUUUCUAAUGAUUCCUAUUGUGAUUGUCAAAUCAAUGAUAACUGUCGAGUACCUUCAGGUAUUUUCAAGGAAUUGAAACAAUCUUAUAUUAAUAUACUUUUUGAUAACACCCAACUGAUGUCAAUGAAAAUUGAUGGCUUUUCGGCUGGUUGUAUGCCAAUGGAUUCAAUACUUCAAUCGACUCUUCAAUGUUUUUAUAAUCAGACAUGUUUGAAUGAACUUCUGUCAUUUUUAUCCACGAAUGAAAGUUUUACAGCUAUGAAUAUCUCUAAGUAUAGUCGUUUCGAACCAAGUUCUACUGUAAAAGAAAUAGUCAAUGAACUAAUGGUUGAAGAAUGGAUAACAAAUAUAUCAUAUGAAAAAUAUUAUGCUCAAUGUGCACCUAUUCAAUGUACUUAUUCAAAAGUAGAAAAACAUGAUUUGGUAAAUGUAUUGACAACAGUCAUUACUUUCCAUGGUGGAUUAACAUUAGUACUGAAACUUAUUAUUACACAUAUUGUUCGAUUUAUACAUCGGAAAAAAGAUAAUGAACCAAGUUCGCAAAUAUCUUGUACGUAUUAUGCAGUUUAG